AUGGAAUGCCUAAACCGCCAUCUUCCUUUCACUGAAUAUCCAAAUCCAUUGCCAAAGAAAUUUAUUCCUCUUUCUUUUCCAAAAGAGUUUCAAAACAUUCGUUCAAAAAUAAUUUCCACAAUUUUUGGUCAAGCUGUCGGCGACGCUGUUGGUCUUUCAACUGAAUUUCUCUCUAAAGAACAGGCCGAAUUGAUUUAUAAAAACGAGAGAAUCACAUUUUCAUGUUAUUUAAAAGAUACUCAUCGUUCCAAAUGGAUGAAUAUGGACUGGAAAUGUGUCGACUGGACUGACGACACCGAUCAGUCGCUUCUAAUACUCGACUCUUUGGUAGCAAACAAUGGAAAUUGUGUUCCAGAAGAUUUUGCAGCACGUUGUCUCUAUUGGUACAAUUUCGGGUUUUCCGAAGUCGGCGAUAUAAAGCCGUCGGAUGUUGGCAUCCACACGCGAAGUGUUUUGUCGUCUAAAAACUUCAACAAAACGCCCAUCAAAAAUUCAAUGGAAGUUUGGGGAAAAGGAGGACGGCGUGCGUCUAAUGGAAGUGUGAUGAGGACUUCGAUUGCUGCGAUUCCUUAUUUUUGGGAUAUCGAAAAGGUGGAAGAGACGACAAACACAUUUGGGAAGGUGACUCACUACGACCCACGAUGCCAGGCCUCUGUAUCUAUAAUAGUCAAUUUAAUUGGGGAAUUUCUACGAGGCGAGUGUGAUUGCCAAAAAGCGAUCAAUUUCGCACGAGAAAGAGGAAGAAAGUACAUAGAAAACAACAAAGAGUUUUAUUCUGAUUUCGAUAAAUUCACAAAUCCACAAAGUUUAGAACAACUUGAGUUGAAUAAAUUGAUUGGAUACACUUAUAAGCCAGUUGGAUGCGCAGUGUGGGGAGUCAGAGAGGCACAAAUAAUGAAAAAUGAUGGAAAAGGUGACAAGGAAAUAAUCGAAAGUGUGUUGAUGGCUGUGACCUAUGAAGCGGGAGAUGCAGACACAAAUGCGGCAGUUGUUGGAGCUGUAUUGGGUGCUUACAUUGGCAAUUUGGAUAUGUUUCCAAAAGACUGGAUUGAGUUUGAUCACAAAAAUUGGCUUAUUGAGAGGAUCAAUAGAAUGUUGAAAUUGAUGAAUUUGGAAGAAAUUAAAGAUGGAGAAAUUUAA